AUGUACAAAUACAUUACCUUCGCCGCUCUCUUCGCCAUCGCCACCGCUGCUCCCGGUUUCAUCGCUCAACCCGUUGUGGCCAAAGUUGGUGCCGUUGUACACACCGUUCCAUCUGCCACCUCCCACCAGAGCAUCACCCAAGUGCACAAUAACGCCCACAUUGUUACGCCUAUCGUGAAAGCCGUGGCGCCUGUGGUUCAUGUUGCACCAGUUGUGAAGUCCUACGCUGCUCCUGUAGUUCCAGUAGUCAAGACUGUUGCUCCAGUCGUCCCCGUAGUUCAUGCUGCUCCCGUAGUUCCAGUAGUGAAGACCUAUUCUGCACCGGUAGUUCAUCAUGUUCCGGUUGUAAAGUCGGUUGUUGCCCCUGUGGUGCCAGUGGUUCAUGCUGCUCCCGUUGCCCACGUUGUUCACCACUAAAUUUAUUAACUGCUUUUUAUUGUGGUAUACCUUGUGAUUGUUAAAAUAAAUAUAAAAUCCAAUAUUAAAUUUUAUUUCCACGGAGUUUUUAUCUACGCUGCAUUCUUGUUUCG